AUGAACUUAAUAAGGCAUGCUGCUUUUGCUGGAAGCUUUCAGGGACAAACAGGUUGUACCUCACAUGCAUCAGCUAGGCAGUUCAGCACAGGACUUGCUCCUCUGCCAGAUUCACCUGAAGAAGCUGGGUUUAAGGGGCACUCCAUGUUGUCACCAUUCACUGCCGGAUGGCAGGCCAAAGACCACCCCUUCAUUAUUGAGAGAUCGGAGGGUUCUUAUGUUUAUGACAGCAAGGGGAACAAGUACUUGGAUGCACUUGCAGGAUUGUGGUGUACAGCCUUAGGUGGCAGUGAGCCUCGGUUAGUUAAAGCAGCAACCGACCAAUUAAACAAGUUGCCAUUCUACCACUCUUUUUGGAACAGUACAACCAAGCCACCAUUGGAUCUUGCAAAGGAGCUUAUCGGCAUGUUCACUGCCAGGGAAAUGGGAAAAGUGUUCUUUACAAACAGCGGUUCAGAAGCAAAUGACUCUCAGGUCAAACUAGUAUGGUACUAUAACAAUGCAUUGGGGAGACCAAACAAGAAAAAAAUCAUCGCGCGAUCAAAGGCGUACCAUGGAUCAACAUUAAUAUCAGCUAGUCUGUCUGGCCUUCCUAUUAUGCAUCAAAAGUUUGAUCUACCAGCACCUCUUGUUCUGCACUCAGACUGUCCUCACUACUGGCGCUGCCAUCUUCCUGGUGAGGCAGAAGAAGAGUUUGCAACCAGACUUGCCGAUAAUUUAGAGAAUCUUAUUCUCAAAGAAGGACCAGAAACAGUUGCUGCUUUCAUUGCUGAACCUGUAAUGGCUGCUGGAGGUAUCAUCCCUCCUCCGAAGACAUAUUUUGAGAAGAUUCAAGCGGUACUUAAGAAGUACGAUGUCCUUUUCAUAGCAGAUGAGGUCGUUACUGGAUUUGGACGGCUGGGAACCAUGUUUGGGUCUGAUAUGUACAACAUCAAACCAGAUCUUGUCUCCUUGGCCAAGGCUCUCUCAUCUGCCUAUGUCCCAAUCGGAGCAACUCUCAUUAGCCCAGAAAUAUCUGAUGUGAUUCAUUCUGAGAGCAAUAAGAUUGGCGGUUUUGCUCAUGGCUUUACAUACUCUGGCCAUCCAGUUUCUUGUGCUGUUGCCCUAGAAGCUCUGAAAAUUUACCGGGAAAGGAAUAUCCCUGAUCAUGUCAAGCAAAUUUCUCCAAGGUUCCAGGAGGGAAUCAAGGCCUUUGCAGGAAGUCCAAUUAUUGGAGAGACACGUGGUGUAGGGUUGUUGCUAGCGACUGAAUUCGCUAACAACAAAUCGCCAAAUGAUCCAUUCCCUAUUGAGUGGGGAGUUGGACAAAUCUUUGGAGAAGAGUGUAAGAAGCGUGGCAUGCUAGUUAAGGUUGCUGGAGAUGUGAUUGGCAUGUCCCCACCACUUAUAAUGACCCAUGGAGAAGUUGAUGGACUCGUGAGCAUAUAUGGGGAAGCUUUAAAGGCCACAGAGGAAAGAGUAGCAGAGCUGAGAUCCAAGAAAACUAGGUAGAGGCAUCUGUUGUAAGCAUAAUGAUGGCAAUAUUACCAGCAAUUAUCUAAGCUGGUGAACAUGAUAAUUCUGUGUUGCUUUAAAUUCUAAUAAUUUAUGGUCAAACAAUUCUACAGUGUUCUAUGAAUAAAUAUUUUUGCA